AUGGAAAAUUUUGGCUCUGACCAUAGCAUGAUCUUGUUAGACUCCAAUCCUCUACAAAUGAAGAGGAAGAGCAGGUUCCUGUUUGAUAGAAGAUGGCUGAAAAAAGAAGGACUGCAACAAGUAGUGAAGCAGGCAUGGGAAGAGGAACAAUCAGGCUCUAAUAUGUAUAAAGUGCAUAGGAAGAUAGCAAAAUGUAGGCUGGCCAUUUUGAAAUGGAGAAACAAUUUUCCAGGAAAUGCUAGGAAGAAAAUUAAAAGCCUUAAAAAACUCUUGAGUGAUCUCCAAACCUCUGAUUGUGAGGACAUAAGGGAAAGGAAAAAGGUUAAGAUGUCUACCAAAGGAGGAAGUUCGAAUCAAUUAGAUUCUGAGUUGAUGGGAGACACGACGGACAGAAUUCAACAGAUUUUGGACAAUGCUGUUGAGUCUCUCAAUGCACGACUUGAUCAAAAGGAGAAUAAAGUUGUUAAGAAGAGAGAUUCCAUACAAUCUAGUUCUAAUGUUCAAUUCACCUCUUCAAGGAAGGAGGAGAAGGAAUCUGUUGAGUGCAUUGCCAAUAAAGGAGAUUCUAAUUUCAUCCUACCAUUUAUUGAGGAGGAGUUUAAGAAGGUUGACAUUGAAGUGACAUCACACAUUGAGCAUGAAAUGAUUGAAGCUGAACCUAUACUAGCUAAGUUGUGGGCUAGUAGGAGGGGAUUUGUGCGAGAAUGUUUCCGAGAUGUCCAUGUAUGUUCAUUGGCUAGUGCUUCAAAUUUGAUAAGGGAGUUUGCCAUUGUAGCCUUUGAGCCUGAUGUCCAUGUUGUCUAUGCACGCAAUAUAGAUAGCCAUCUUGAGUUAACAAAGUUUGAUAGAGCCGCUUAUUUGCUUUCUGUUGAUCAUUCUAGAGUCAGUAUUGUGUUUAAAGUCGUUUAUUUGCAUACUAUACUUUGUUCUAGCGUACGUGUUGUCCAUGCAAACUGUGUGAUGCAUCGACUUGAUAUAGUUGCUUUGGCGAAUUUUCUUGUUUGGAAGCUCAAAUAUUACACUGAUGCAUAUGCUAAUUUUCUGAGAGGUUCAAGUGUAAUUUUUGGUCAUGCCAAAGGAAAUGUUUGGAAGCAUGAUAUCUUCAAUUCAAUUAGUUCGAAUUAUUACAGUGGUAUCAGAGCUUGCGAUCCUUGGAUUGCAAGCUUCGAACUGCUGAAGAUUAUGGCAGAAGGCACUAGAAUGAAGAGCUUCGAAGAGCAACUCAGGAAACAAGAGGCCAGGAUCCAGGCAGUCAUUGAUUCCUUGGUUGCUGACAAACAGGCUAUGGAAGAACGGUUGGAAGGUAAUCAAAGAGAGAUGCGAGCUCUAAUGGAAACCAAUAGCACAGAGCUGAAAAGCUUCAUGAGUACUCAACUCAGUUCUAUUUUGAGAAGUUUGCAAGGUGAUAGAGGCAUUUUGGGGAAUCCUACAAGCUCAGCAGAGAAAACUCCUAAUAAUCGAAGUGUUGGAGCACAAGGUGUUCAACAAGGUGAAUUUGGUCAUUCAUCCAGAGGAGAUGGUCAGCAUUGGCCAAUGGGGGUUCCCAGGUUAGAUUUUCCCAGAUUUGAUGGCCAUAGUCCCAAGGAAUGGAUCAGGAAGUGUGAAAAGUUCUUCCAACUGUUUCGCACUCCUGAAGAACAGCAGAUUGACUUGGUGGAACUACACUUAGAAGGCAAGGCAGAUCUCUGGUAUCAGAAUUUCAAAAAGGAUCGCGGAAUAGUUCAUUGGAAGGAUUUCAGUUUGGAAGUAUGUAGGAGGUUCAGCACUGUAGGGGAAGCAGAUGCGGUGGAGGAGUUCAGCAAACUCAGCCAAUCAUCCACUGUAUUGGCUUAUCAGGAAAAAUUUGAAGAAUUGAGGUCCAUUGUAAUGAUUCAGGUGCCAGAACUGACUGAAUCUUACUACAUUUCUAGUUUCUUAAGUGGAUUGAGAGGGGAAAUUAAGUCUGCCGUGAAGAUGCAUAGGCCAGACACUCUACAAGCUGCCUUUGAGAUGGCCAGAUGGCAGGAGCAUCAUUUGGAGCUUGUUCACAAGUUCAGCAGGACCACACUCAAGAGUACAUUGCACUCAGGCUCCUAUGGACUUACCAAGGGAACGCAGGGAGUCCAGGACCCAGGAGCAAGGCAGUCUAGUACUUCGCCUACAGACUACAGCAAGAAGUCCAAUUCACAGCAAGUUUUCAGGAAAAUUUCUCCUACUGAAUUCCAAUAUAGGAAGGAGCACAACCUAUGCUUUAGGUGUGGGGACAGAUUUACUCCCGGACACACUUGUAAGAGCAAGGGGGUCCACAUGAUGUUAAUAGAAGAAGAGGAAAAAGGUGAGGCAGAACAAACAAUAGAAGAAGAGGAAGUUAUUGAAUACAUGGGAAACCAGCAGGAGCAGGAUGUGAUAUUGACCCUGCAUGCAAUGACAGGGGAAUUAUCCUCAAGUAUCAUCAAAAUGCAGGGGCAGUUUAAGAACAGUCAGCUGACAAUCCUAUUGGAUGGAGGAAGUACCAAUUGUUUUAUCAGGAGAUCAGUGGCUCAGUUGUACCCAGAAACUGUGCAGAAGCAUAGGCCUUUUAAGGUCAAGAUUGCUGAUGGCAAAGAGCUGCACUGCGACCAAUGGAUUCCAGGAAUGCAGUGGGACAUGCAGGGCCACACAUUUACACAGGAUGUAUUUGUCAUGGACCUGGAACCUUAUGAUAUGAUCCUUGGGGUGGAUUGGAUGAAAUCCUACAGCCCCAUUACCUUUGAUUUCAAGAGACUAAACCUGUCUUUUGAGAAAGGAGGAGAGCACGUGGUGUUAAAAGGAGAUUCCAACAAUGCAAACGUUAGAAUGCAGCAAGGUUCAACAGCUCACAAAUUUGUCAGACAUAAGAUCAGGAAGGCUCUGCAGCAAUCUUGUAUGGUGAAGGUUCACAACUCACAGGUAAUUUCUGAACCAGAUUCUCUUAUUCAGUUGUUGGCCAAAUAUGAUGAUAUCUUUGCUGAACCUAAAACUCUUCCCCCAAACAGAUGCCAUGAUCACCAAAUCCCCCUUAAACCAGAUGCCAAACCUUUCAAAAUUCCCCCAUAUAGGUACCCCCAUGUACAGAAAAAUGAAAUUGACAAUCAAGUGAAGGACAUGCUAACCUCUGGUCUUAUACAAAUUAGCCACAGCCCCUUUGCAUCACCUGCUCUCUUAGUUAAAAAGAAAGAUGGGAGCUGGAGGCUUUGUAUUGAUUAUAGACAACUGAACAAUCUUACCAUCAAAGAUAAAUUUCCAAUCCCUAUUAUAGAUGACUUACUGGAUGAGUUACAUGGAGCCAGGGUCUUCUCUAAAAUUGAUCUGCGAUCAGGCUAUCACCAAAUCAGAAUGAGACCUGAGGACAUCCAUAAAACUGCUUUUAGAACUCAUUCUGGACUUUAUGAAUUUCUUGUAAUGCCAUUUGGCCUGACAAAUGCCCCCGCCACCUUUCAAGCACUAAUGAACUCCAUUUUUGAACCUUACAUCAGAAAAUUUGUCCUUGUGUUCUUUGAUGACAUUCUGAUCUAUAGUCCAGAUUAUAAAACCCACUUACACCACUUAUCCUUAGUAUUAGGGACCUUGAGAAAGUACUCCUUGUUUGCAAAGAUGUCUAAAUGUUCUUUUGGUCAAAACCAAGUGGAGUAUCUGGGACAUGUUAUCACUAGUGAAGGUGUGAAUACUGACCCAUCCAAGGUGGAGGCUAUGCUGUCCUGGCCAACUCCUACUUGUUUAAAGGCCCUCAGAGGAUUUUUGGGCCUAACUGGGUAUUACAGGAGGUUUGUUAAGGGGUAUGGAGAAAUUGCUAAGCCCCUCACUGAGUUACUGAAGAAGGAUCAAUUUGCUUGGAGUGCUGUUGCAGAAUCUGCAUUUCAACAGUUGAAGCUGGUCAUGAGUAAAUCUCCAGUAUUAGCAUUACCUGACUUCUCAAAACCAUUCCAAUUGGAAACUGAUGCUAGUCAGUUAGCUAUUGGGGCUGUGCUGAUGCAACAAGGGAGACCUAUAGCUUACUACAGCCAAGUGUUGGGCCAGAAGAACCAGACCAGAUCCACCUAUGAAAAAGAACUUCUAUCACUCAUCACAGCAGUUCAAAAAUGGAAACACUACUUGAUGGGGAACCACUUUAUCAUAAAGACUGACCAUGAAAGCCUCAAAUACUUGCUGGAUCAGAAAAUAAACACUCCCCUUCAACAGAAGUGGCUGGUUAAACUUAUGGGGAUGGAUUAUGAGAUCCAGUACAAGAGGGGUAAGGACAAUGUGGUUGCUGAUGCAUUAUCAAGAAGGGGAGAGCAGGAGGAGCCAGCAGAAACAUUUGUACAUGCCAUCACUGCCAUCAAGCCUCAAUGGCUGUCAAUGGUAGCUGAGAGCUACAAUGGUGAUGACAUGGCAAAGGAGGUUCUACUGAGGCUGGCCAUGGGAGCUGAAGCACUACCUGACUACUCGUAUAACCAAGGGAUUUUGAGAUUUAAAGGAAGGAUUUGGGUAGGAGCAGAGGCUGGACUAAGGCAAAAAUUGAUUUCCUGUUUUCAUGAUUCUUGUCUUGGAGGUCACUCUGGGAAUCAUGGUACUUAUCAGAGGAUCAAAAGCUACCUAUACUGGCCUGGAAUGAAAAAAGAGGUCGAACAGUAUGUACAGAAUUGUGAUGUCUGCAAGAGAAGUAAAAAUGAGAAUUGCGCUUAUCCAGGACUGUUGCAGCCAUUGGCCAUUCCUGAGCAAGCGUGGCAACAAAUUUCCAUGGAUUUCAUAGAAGGUUUGCCUAAAUCUUUUGGUUGUAAUGUCAUCUAUGUGGUGGUAGAUAGAUUUACUAAAUAUGCUCAUUUCAUCCCUAUGACUUCUCAUUACACUGCUAAAAGUGUAGCAGAGACAUUCUUUGAUAAGAUCUUCAGGUUACAUGGCCUACCAACACACAUUGUCUCUGAUAGGGAUAAAGCCUUUACUAGCUUGUUCUGGCAGGAACUCUUCAAGAUGCUUGGCACAGAGCUAAACCUCACUUCUGCAUACCACCCUCAGUCUGAUGGACAGACUGAGAGGGUUAAUAGAUGUGUAGAAAGCUACCUGAGGAGUGUGUGUAUGUAUCAACCAGGGAAGUGGAGAAAAUGGCUUCCUGCAGCAGAAUGGUGGUAUAACACUAACCACCAUAGCAGUCUACAAAUGUCCCCUUUCCAGGCCUUAUAUGGUUACAAACCUAUACAACUGAACCUGAGGCCCGAUAAGACAAUAGUAGCUGCUGUGGAGGAUUGGGCACAGGAAAGAGUAGGCUGGAAUUCCUUGCUCAAAGAGAACUUGUUUAAAGCUCAGAACAGAAUGAAGCAAAUGGCUGAUAAAGGGAGGAGUGACAGGGAGUUUAUAGUGGGAGAGUGGGCUUAUUUGAAGCUCCAACCUUACAGACAAACCUCAGUAGCCGUAAGGAGGAAUUUGAAACUGACUGCUAAGUACUACGGGCCCUAUCAGGUGGAACAAAAGGUGGGGACUGUAGCAUACAAGCUGAAGCUACCUGCAGGAUCGACCGUACACCCUGUUUUUCAUGUUUCAUUGCUCAAAAAGUCACCAAAGGAGGCCCCAGUCAGCACUACUUUGCCUACCUUGAACGCAGAUAGUGAGUUUGAGGUCACCCCCUCAGCAGUGCUGGAUAAAAGGACAAUCUAUAGGAAGGGUCAGGAAGUUGAGCAAGUGUUGGUGCAGUGGGAAAACAUGGAACCUGAGGAAGCCACUUGGGAGGAUUGGACGUUCAUUCAUGCUCAAUUUUCUUCUUUUCAAAUCAAUCAAUCCUAG